AGAGUUUGUGCUCUAUCUUUUUACAAAUUCAUUUUAUUUUAUUUUUUCUAGAGAGAAAGAGAGAGAGGAGGAGCGAGCAAGCCCUUCUUGUUUCCGUAUCUCCUCCUCACUGUUGUUCUUCAAUAAAACGUAUAAAUAACACACAAAAAUUCUUAGCAUAAAUAAUAAAUUGUAAUAAUAUUCAUUUCCGCCUCUGCUCUGCUUCUCUUUCGACCUGUAACAUUUUCUCUCUCUUCUCCGUUCGCUAUUCGAACUCAACAACAACUUCAUUUCGCCAUUUGACAAAGUUUUGUUCUUUCUUGCAGUGGGCGAAGUUGAAAGAGUGUCCAGGGAGUUGUGAACUGGGAAAUGGCUGCAAAUGCGAGCGAAGAGUCUGGAAUUGGAAGGGAUUUUGAGGGGGUUUCAUAUGGGGAGCAGCGUUGCCAAUCUGGAGAAACGGCAGAGUGGAGAUCUUCCGAGCAGGUAGAAAAUGGAACCCCAUCAACAUCACCUCCUUACUGGGAUACUGACGAUGAAGAUGACUGUGGGCCAAAACCUUCCGAGUUAUAUGGAAAAUAUACGUGGAAGAUAGAUAAAUUUUCACAGAUCAACAAGAGAGAACUUCGUAGUAAUGCAUUUGAGGUCGGCGGCUACAAAUGGUACAUUUUAAUUUACCCCCAAGGUUGUGAUGUCUGCAAUCAUCUCUCUUUGUUUCUGUGUGUGGCAAAUCAUGACAAGCUUCUUCCAGGAUGGAGCCAUUUCGCACAGUUCACAAUAGCUGUGGUGAAUAAAGAUCCAAAGAAAUCUAAACAUUCUGAUACAUUACAUCGAUUCUGGAAGAAAGAGCAUGACUGGGGAUGGAAAAAAUUUAUGGAGCUAUCAAAAGUGUUGGAUGGAUUUAUUGAUGCUGAUACUCUUAUUAUUAAAGCUCAAGUCCAAGUUAUCAGGGAGAGAGCAGACCGUCCCUUCCGUUGCCUUGAUUUUCAGUACAGGAGAGAACUUGUUCGGGUAUACUUGACAAACGUAGAGCAAAUUUGUCGCCGUUUUGUGGAAGAGAGAAGAGGCAAGCUUGGCAAAUUGAUAGAGGAUAAAGCUAGAUGGUCAAGCUUCUGUACUUUCUGGCUUGGGAUUGAGCAGAAUGCUAGGCGACGCAUGUGCAGGGAGAAAUCAGAUGCGAUUUUGAAAGUUGUUGUAAAGCACUUCUUUAUCGAAAAGGAAGUCACCUCUACGCUUGUGAUGGAUUCCUUGUACAGUGGACUGAAGGCCCUUGAAGGCCAGACCAAGAGCAAGAAGGGUAGGGCAAAGUUAUUAGAUGCUGAGGAAGUGCCAGUUCCUAUUGUUUGUGUGGAGAAAGAUACGUUUGUUUUGGUGGAUGAUGUGUUGUUAUUACUUGAGAGGGCUGCCAUGGAACCCUUGCCUCCAAAGGAUGAGAAAGGUCCUCAGAACCGUACAAAGGAUGGUGGUAAUGGAGAGGACUUCAACAAGGAUUCUAUUGAGCGUGAUGAAAGGCGUCUUACGGAACUGGGUCGUAGGACUAUUGAAAUAUUUGUCCUUGCCCAUAUUUUCAGCAGUAAAAUUGAGGUUGCGUACCAGGAGGCUGUCGCUUUGAAGAGGCAAGAGGAGCUCAUCCGUGAAGAAGAGGCUUCCUGUAUAGUUGAAACUGGGCAGAAAGCAAAACGUGGUGUGUCGGAAAAGGAAAAGAAAUCAAAGAAAAAGCAGGGUAAACAAAAACGAAAUAAUCGCAAAGGGAAGGAUAAGGGAAGGGAUGAAAAGGCUGGGGUUGCCGUAGAAGACAAGCUCCAACAAGAAAGUCCUACUGAGGAGAGAAAACACUUCUUGACCGAGCAGGCAGAGGCUGGUCUUGAUAAGCCUGAUACACUGGAAGAUGUUUCUGACAUGUCUGAUUCAGUAGAUUGUCCUCCUGACAUACCUCAGCCUGAUUCAGAAGAGAGAGAUGCUAGUCCUGUCAAUUGGGAUACUGACACAUCUGAAGUUCAUCCUCAGACAGAAGCCAGCAGCAGUGUAGCGGGUGGAUUUUUUUCCGUACAAAAUGGAAUGGCAGAGAGGAAGAGCCUAUCUGUAAUGGAUGAUAGUUCAUCAACGUGUUCCACAGACUCGAUCCCAUCAGUGGUAAUGAAUGGGCCAUACAAAGGGAAUUCAAUUCCAAACCGAAAAAACCAAAAAUCACCAAGAAGGGGAAGGAGCCAGCGAGGCAAGUUGAUAUGUGAUGCAACGGGUUUGGACAAUGGAAUGCCCAGUCAGCCAUCUGAACGUGCAACAGAUGCAAAGCAACCAAAUGAUGCAUCUGGAAGUAGCAAGAUGGCUGAAUCCGAGUCCGAGGCUGUUGUACUUCCCUUGCAGGAUCGGAUAAAGAAUAUCGAGCAGCAUGUGGCGAAAAAGGAAGAAGUUGUUUCUCUGCAAAGGAAGCUGAGCAUCAAAGACGAUCCUGAAAAUGGAAUAUCUUCCGCCAAAGAGAGGACAACAGCAGUGCCAAGCUCUCCAAGGAGUCCUUCCAAAAAUCUGCAAUCUGCUGUUCAGCUGAAGGACAGUCCCUCCUCCAUUCUUAUUUCAGUUAGCAAACCAUCAUCAAACAAUUCCCAACAAACUGACAAGGCACCCCCUCCGAUGAAUUCACCCAAAGAUUACGUUUCAUCUAAAUCUGACGCUUCUAAAAUGGCAAUUUCAAGACCAACUGAAACGCCCAAGGCGCAGCAAAAACCUGUCAUGUCAAGGCCAUUAAGUGCUCCUCUAAUUCCAGUGCCAAGGCCAAAAACUCCUGUUGUUUCCAUGGUCCAAACAACCCCAUUGCUAGCACGUUCAGUGAGUGCCGCUGGCCGGUUGGGUCCUGAUCCCACAACUACAACCCAUAGUUAUAUACCUCAGUCCUAUCGCAAUGCCAUAAUGGUAAACCAUGUUACUGCAAGUACAGCUGCCUUCACUCAACCCCAGUCGCCAAGUUCAGCCGUAAGCCUGUCUGAGUCGUACUCACAACCACCAACCUUGGCAUCCGCACCAAUUUUUUUACCGCAGAGCUCCGAGAGAAUGGGGAACUCAAUCAGACCAAGCUUUUCAUUCGGUACAGUAAAUCAUAAGUUGCAGAAUGGGUCCCAGUGGAUGGAAUGCCCUCAAAUGGACACGGUCAGAAGCAUGCACUGUGAUCCUUCUCUGCUUAAUGACAUGCAGAACCUUGAUUUGUACGAGUCUGUAUACAGCAGAUCCCCAGAUCAAAUCCCUGAUGAGAUUCCUGCCUGUACAUCUGGGCCCCAGAGCGAAGGCGCAGUGGUAGAUGAGUUCCCGUUCCCGCACCUUGACAUCAUCAACGACCUGCUUGACGAUGAACAUGGAAUCGGCAGGGCAAUUGGAGUUAACACAGGGUUCAGAAGUUUCAGCAAUGGGCCUCACCAUCUGACCCGGCAUUGCAGUUUCCCUGGUGAUAUUGGUUUGUCAAGUGACAUGGCCUCCUCAACCAGCACUUGCAGAUUUGAGCCUACCCGAAGUUACCAUGAUGAUGGGUUUCAAUCCGUCUAUGGCUCUUCUAACGGCCACUUUGAUGUAACGAGGGAUAUGAUUCGACAGCCUAAUCAUCAACAGCCUUACACGAAUGGGCAGAUCGAUGGGUUAAUUCCAAACCAGUGGCAGAUGGCUGGUUCUGAUCAUCCAUUUCUUAACGUGAGGCAUCUUGAGGGUGAUGGUUACCCGUAUCAUAUUCCGGAGUAUACAACAAACCUGGCAUGCGGCGUCAAUGGUUAUACUGUAUUCCGGCCUUCCAAUGGACGGUGAAAGGGGGGUAGUGGCACUGAAUUUGUGCGCAAAUUACUGUGUUAUUGUUCGUAAUAAUGUAUUUGAGGAAAGUGUUGGCUUAGAUUUGGAGUGAGGUUGUAACGAUUUGAUAAGAAAAACAUUUUGUAAAGAGUGAUUUCUGCCCAAGUUUUCACAGAAGUAGCUUUUGUUGUGUCCCUGUGAUUGAGAGUUGGAAGUUUGAAAAGAUGCCCACCUUGGCAACCUUCAAAUUGUGAUCUAA